AUGUGUUGGCCCGCGCCUCUUCUCCUCCUCUUGUGGCAUUGCUCUCAGUACCCAGCGGUUGUACCCCUUUCUUUCCUGCCACCCCCAGUGUCAGUCACCUGUUCAGACCCUCGACACCAAGUCUAUCAGCGGCAGGACAACGAAAGCUGUGUCUCAUGCUUGUGGGACGGGGACGUCCGGCUGAAGUAUUCAAAAGUUCCCAGAUUGGUUCCAGAUAUCAAGAGGGAAGAGAACAAUCAGCGGCCCCCUCCUCAUUGCCUCUGGUACAGAGACUCCAUCUUGGUAAACAAUACAAAUAACUGGUCAGGUCAGCUGGUGUUGGGCCCAGGCUCAGUCGGCAGACGUCCCCAUCCUCCUUGGGUCUUCACACAUAUCACCGUGCAGUGUGUAUCAUCCUGGUGCUAUGGGCCCACAUGUCUUCACCGCAACCUGAGCAUUGAAAUGACCGGGCAGGAUGUCCGUCUUUUCCUGCUGUGGCCACGCGAGCUGCCCGUCCGUGAAUGGCAGCCAGUGCAGUUGGGUUGGUGUGCACGCCUGAAGAGAUCUACCUGGAUCUAUCAUGUCAGGAGUCAAGGGGGAAGUCCCGCAGAGCAGCACAUUGCCAGCAACCAGCACAGCAGUCCAACUGCAUCCACUGUUUACCCCCAUGCAGAAUUGCGCCCAGUGUGUGAAUCAUAUUAUAGCUACCAUAUGACUGUGAGGUACCCUGUGCGUGGAUUCUACACUGUGACACUCCGCAUUGAGAAUGGGCCUCAGCUGAGCCGUAGCCUGGACUUGUAUGUGCAGCCUGCCCUACUUCAUGUCUUUUCUGCAUCUUCUACACUGUUGAGCUUCCCCUAUAAAACCCUCAACCUUUCCUGGACCCUCCAACCUCUCAGCGCCAGAAAAACAGCUUUUGUGUUGGUGGAUGAGCAGGGUCAGGGGGACUGGUCUCGCUCUUACAAUUACAAUCCAUUUGCUCUGCAAAGUAAUUUCUGUGCUGCACCCAAACCACAGCAUUCCAGGGAGAAAGUAGUAUCCAGCGUCUACUUCCAUACCAACAAAAGGAUAUCUGGAGAACCGAGAGGCACACUCAAUUUUUCAGGUGACACUCUGGUUUUCGCAGCUAGCAGUACAACUCCAAUUCAUCUUACCCUCAACCCACGGAAGAUAAGGACCGGCACUUACAUUUUUAGCCAUAAAAAGGGACUCUUCUAUUCCACCCAAGAAGGCAGUGCUGUCAAUGCCAUUGGUGGGAACUCCAGCUCCCACUAUAUCUUUUACCAACAGGAGAGCUUCUCUUACCUGAUCAUCCUUGAAUUUGUCCAGCUGCGAUGGUAUCGGUUCAGCAUGCACAUGUAUUUAAACCGGAGGGGGCCUCUAUUCAGGUCUCUGGGAGAAGAAGGUAUAGAAGUUCAUGUUUUCAGUGAUCAUUCACUUGAUAAAAAUCUGGUCUAUAUUGUGUGGUUUGUCCCUGUACAGCAUCCUCUACUGCAGUGUGAGUGGUCUUUCAACGUACAACUUUUUGAUUCAAAGGAUGACCAUCUUCUUUGGAACAAUACUUAUUCUUACAAGGAUCACGUCAGAGAUGCCGCCCGUUUUCUCCCCCACUCUCUUUUACCUUUCAGAACUGCACUUUACACAGGUUUUGUAGCAGAAGUGGAUUGCAGAAGAACUGGACUGGCUCGAGCGGUUUUAAAAACUACAGUCAACGCUCGUGCAUCAAAGGUCUUAAAGCCAACAGUGCCUUGUCAAAAGAGUUUCUGCCAGGAAUUGACUGCUGAAAUCCAGAAACCUGACCCUUCUAACCCAUUCAUAAGAAUGACCAUGAGAGUAUAUCUACCAGCUUAUAGCGUAACCAUCAGCGAGUCCGAUUCAGUUAUCAUACAUAUUGUAGAAAGUGAUUUGGUGGCAGUCAUAGCUGGAGGCUCUUUCAGGACAGUAGGUGUUUCUGAUCCGUGGACUUUGGAUGCAUCUGCUUCCUUUGAUCCUGAUUCAGCCAACCCCCACGAAGGACUCUUAUUUAACUGGCUGUGCUCCAAACGAAAAUCUGACUUUUUAAAGCUGAAGCUGAGUACAGAUGGAAAAUGCUGUCCAGAUCUAGAGUCUUUGAAAUGGACAGAUUCCCAGGAACCAGUUCAAAUACUGCAACAAGAAACACUUCUACCAAAUAAUACGUAUUAUUUUGUUCUGAGAAUUACCAAAGGUAGAAGAACUGCAGAUGCUUAUCAAACAGUUCAGGUACUGCCUGGUUCUCUUCCUGUGUUGAAUUUCACCUGUAUUCGAAACUGUAGAAGAAACAUUAUACCAGCUAAAAGACUAAUUGUAUAUGGGAAAUGUUUAAACUGUGAAGCUAGUCCAGCCGUCUACCACUGGUCUCUUCUUUCAUCAAGCUCCAAUGAAAUAGUUUUUGAUUGGGAUGCCAAAACUUCAACCGGAAGGUCAAAUCCCUACCUCAGCAUCAAUCCAUUGGCAUUCAACACUAUGCCAUACAAAUCUUAUACUCUUAGCCUCACAACAAGCACACAAGGAAAACAAGAAGCCACGUAUAAGUAUUCAUUUUCUAUUAAUACUCCACCACGGAAUGGAAAAUGUACUAUUUAUCCAAGGGUAGGCACAGCGUUCCUUACAAAAUUUGUUGUCCAAUGUAGCGGAUGGGAAGAUGAAAAUGAACCACUUACAUAUAAAAUCAUAGCCCAUUCUGAUGAAAUGAAGACAAGUAAAAUGUCUUUUCCAGAGAAUAGUUCAUAUGGAACGAUAGUAUAUGUAGGUAACCAACAUAAAAUUCUUCCAUCUUUUCUUCCCCUUGGUGUACCAUCUAAAAAUUAUUCCUUGAUAGUAUGUGUUCAAGUGUAUGAUGCCCUUGGAGCAUUUUCUCAAGAAAUUUUACAAGCAACGGUGCACAAUCCAAGAAAAAAUAAGCCAACUGAUCAUGUUCUCAGUGAACUACACAAUUUAAUCAGCGGACCAAGUGCCCUCGUGGCAAUUUUCUUUGAAACAAAAGAUUACCUUAAUAUAGGUUAUUAUGUGUAUAUGGCGGCCUCAGUAUUAAACAAUAUUAGGACAUCACCAGCCAUUCAUGGCUCUAAAAUUAAUUUGCGGGAAGCUCUUCUUAAUGUGUUCUCAGAGAUUCCUAUGACUGAGGUUGAGGUAAUAAGGCAAGUGAUCAUGAGUAUCUGUCAAAUAACGCAGGAAGUCACAGAAUUAAAUGGGAAAUCCCAGCUUCUUGCAGUCAGAAAAUUUAAAGAAGCCAGCGAAACUCUACAAUGGCACAAAGCCAGUGACCCGGAUUCUAAGGAAACUGAAAUUCUUGUCCAUGAUAUAUUUAAGGGGCUGUCAAAUGUGUUAACAGCUGCUCUACUGAACGGUAGGCAUGUCAAUGUAAAUUCUGUUAAGGAAACCAUUGCUGUGACAGAGAUACUAGCAAACUUAUUAUUACAGGACAAAGUUCCUGGCGAGUAUGAAACUAAUCUAGAAGCUAAAGACUGGGCCAUUCAUCUAUGGAAAGAUGAGAAGCAGGAUGUUUCUGAAACUUUUAGAGAGAGAAACUGUAAGAACUGCUUCUAUCCCAAACUGAAGAAGGAAAAUUACACUGACUUAUCAGCAGAUGCUGUGGUUUCCACUGUUUUGUAUGAAUUUUCUGAGAAUCCCUUCCCUUGGCUGGUGGAUACAGCAGCUAGUCACACAAUAGUGACUGGGUUCAAAAUGACCACAACUAAAGAAAAUGGUGACAUCAUAGAGAUCACACCUGAGGUUGUGGAAGUGACAAUGGACAUAAAAAACAAGGAUUCUUACACCUUUGGUCUAACAGUAGGGCCGGAUAAAAAACACCGCAAGACAACAGGUGGCUUUAGUUUUGAAGUCAACAGAAUCUCCAAAGACAUAUUUAUCCAGAUUGUGAGUAACCUAACAGUUACUUUCAAUGUGUCUUUCUACCUUGGGCUCGAUGUCAGCCACCCUCCAUUAAUUUCUUAUAUUGCUUACUUUGACAAACCUCCAGUACUAAAUGGAAAAUACUCUAAUAUCAGUGACUGUGCAGUUAAGACUCCUUAUGUCCUUUGUCUUCCUCAAUCGUUGCUUUGGCCUUCAGUGGAAGGCAGCACAGCAGACAAAUGGAACAUCUCAGUUGUUUUACAGUCUCAUCCCAUUGUGAGAGGUCAAACCACAAAGAUCGUUCGCAUUGCUGUUUUUACAGCAGAGUGUCUAGACUUAGACGGAGUUCAGAACAAGUGGAAAGAAGGAACGUGCGGUCUUGGGUCUCAGACCAGCCAGUCCAAGAUACAUUGCAUCUGCAAAUUAAAAGAUAGUACCAUAAGAACAAAAAGCCCCAGGUCAAUAGGGACUUCUGCAUCUAGUAUCAGAUUUGUUGCUGGUGCGUUUCAGAUCUAUCCCAAUCCUUUGGAUAUAAAUAAGGUCCUUUUAGCAGAAUUUGACACAAAUCCAGUGACAUUAUUUACCGUGUUUUUCAUUUUUGCAAUCUACAUCUUUCUGAUUAUCUGGGCAACAAUCAGAGAUAAAAUCGACGCAAGAAGAAAAGACAAAAUCCUUGUUUUGCCAGAUAAUGACCCUUUUCAGAGAUUUUGCUACCUGGUCACUGUAUACACAGGAAGUCGGCUCGGAUCAGGAACCACAGCAGAUGUCUUCAUUGAGCUGAUAGGCCAAAAUGCUGUCAGUGAUGUACAUCGCUUAGAACACCCAACUUUGCCAAUCCUCUUUCGUGCAGCUGUUAACACAUUUCUCCUAACCACCAAGGAAGACUUAGGAGAUAUUUUUUCCGUUCAUGUCUGGCACAAUAAUUGUGGUUCUUCCCCUAACUGGUACUUAAGCCGAGUCAAAGUACACAAUGUAAAAACUAAAGAGUACUGGCUUUUCUUAUGUAGAAACUGGUUUGGUCUUGGAAAGGCAGAUGGCAAAAUAGAAAGGUCAUUUCUCGUUAGUAACCCAGCCAUACCUUUAAAAAAAAAGGAUUACUUCUUGAUAAAACUUGCCAAAGACAUGGAAGACAGUCAUGUAUGGUUCUCGGUCUUCUCUCAGGUUGUCACCGGUCCUUUCACCAGAGUCCAGAGGAUAUCUUGUUGCUUGGUAAUCAUGCUCUCCAACCUAUUAUUUAACAUCAUGUUCUUCAGCGGUGAAGAGGAAAAGCAGGUCAUUUCAAUACAGCUACGUUAUCUGAAAUCCAUCUAUAUUGGAUGUGUGAGCGCUUUGUUUUCUAUCCCGGUGCAUUUGACAAUGAUAACUUUAUUUAGAUAUUCACAAGAAAAGCCUUUGCCACAUGAGACAGGUGAGCCACAGAGAUUAUUCCUCUUAGUGUCUGAAAGCUCCGAGGAAAAUCGCAAUUUGAACAUGAAUGCCCAAAGUCCAUCACCAACAAACGCCUAUCGUAGAAAUUAUUCAGCGGAGAAGGUCACAGAAAGUAGGACAAGAAGGUUAAUACACCAAGUAUUGCACUUCAUUGCUAAAAGACCAAGAUUUGCAUGGUGGUGCAGAUAUGUCUCUUGGACACUGGUCUUUUCAAUAUCUACAACUGCAUCUUCUUUCAUCAUCUUAUAUGGUUUGACCUAUGGUUACACAACAUCACUGGAAUGGUUUAUCGCAUCCAUGACAUCGUUGUUUGAGAGUGUGUUUUUGCUUCAGACAUUGAAGCUGGCUCUUUACACAGCAAUGACCACUGUCGUUCACAAAUACUUGAAACAUAUCCCCUGGAUAAGAACAGAAAAAUAUGAGCGUAUGAAGCUGGAGAAACCAAUUGUAGAUGAUAAUGACAUGAGAAGGCUGCAUGAUGAACUUGUACAACUUAGAGCUUCCCGGGAAUACCAGCCCUUAGAAGAGGAUGAAAUCAUCAUUUUGGGGAAGAAAACACGGGCUCAACACCUAGCGUCCGUUUUUAUAAAGGAUAUUAUUGUUCACAUAAUUUUUACAUCCUGUGUUUUAAUCAUUGCUUACUCAACAGAAACCACGGCUAGCUUUUAUUACAACCAAGCUAUUUAUAAUAAAUUCUCUCUCAAUCUGUCCCAAGUAAAUAAGCUGGAGGAUGUGUAUACAUGGACAAGCAGUGUCUUUGUGCCACUGAUACACAAUGAUUAUCAACCAACCUAUCUUUCAGACACUUGGUCUAAAAUUCUUGGUUUGCCCAGAAUGAGGCAAAUAAGAGCCACAAAUACUGGAAAAACAUGUUUCCACUCACACAGCUUUGUAAAUAGUUUUCUGGCAAAUGAAAGCCAUUGCCGCUAUAAAUAUGGCAUUGAUCCAGAAGAUGAAGCUGAUUAUGUUGGAUCGUGGACAGUCCCCGUGAAUAAACCCACUUUCAAACACCCCAGAAGUUUUCAAGGGUUUACAUAUGAGCCAGACAUUGAUCAGUGGGACUAUAAAUCUUAUGGUAUUUUAAACACAUAUGGGCCUGAGGGGUACAGCUUUUAUUUUUUUCCUGGAGAACAGCGACCCAAUACUACAAUGAGGCUGGAUGUACUUCAAAGAAAUGGCUGGCUUGAUGAGAGGACCUGGGUAGUGAUUUUUGAGCUAACCGCUUUCAACCCAGACAUAGAUCAAUUCUGCAGCAUCACAGUCAUGUUUGAGACUUCUGAUAUAGGAGUUGUUAAUGCCAGCUUGUCAGUUCAUUCUUACAAACUGCCUCGUUUCCGUCUUCAAACUAAUUCCCAGAUGGUGGCAUUUGGAGUUAUGACAUACAUUCUGAUCUUUUACAUUGCUAAUGCAUGUAAUACGUUACGCCAGGAAAGGAUAGGUUACCUAAAAACAACUAACUUAAUAAAUUUGGCAAUAAAGACCAGCUGUAUAUUUUUUAUAUUCUUAAUUGCACUCAAAUUCAAAAUGGCUUCUACCUUUAUAGAAUUUUAUCUCCUUAAUCCAGAAAAAUUUGUUCCUUUUCACGUGGUUUCUCAAAUUGAUCAAGUCUAUAGGAUGGUUGCAGGGCUUUUAACCUUUCUUCUGCUUUUAAAGCCUUAUCGCUAUUUUAGAUUCAUGUAUAAUGUCCGUCUAGCAGAAAACUCCAUAGCAGCUGCUUUUCCAGUGUUUGUUUCCUUGUCUAUACUUACUGGUUUGAUCCUUUUUGCACACGUGUCAUUUGGAUACCUUUUAUUUGUUGAACAUGAAUGGAAUUAUAAUACUGUGGGUCAUUCUGCCCAGACUAUUGUUUCAUAUUGUGCUCACAUGGUGACGCUUAAGAGCAUUCAGUUUGCAUCCAAUACAUGGAUGGGGAUCUUGUUCCGAUUUUUAUUUAUGAUUACAAUUCUCUGCGUUCUCAUUAAUUUAUGGCGUGCUGUAAUUAUCUUUACCGAUGGAUCAAUGAAACAACCUACCUAUGAACAGCACUCCGACGAAGCAGAAGCAGUAAACUUUGUGGUUGGUAAAAUCCAAAGUCUGUGGUUUUUCAUCACCUGUCAGAUCCCACCCAAAAGCGACAGUGACCUCGUGGAUCGUAUAAUAUUUGGAAAACCUGCGAGAGGGAAAGCUCGGCGUGUUGGGCUCAAGAGCAAAGAAGUGAAAGGCAAGAAAAUGGUGCAAAUAGGAUCAGCCCACAUAAGAAAGCUGUUGCUAAAUGACUGA